UUUUGUUUUCAAUUCUUAGAUAAUUUUGUACUAGUAAGCUUUUGGACUUUAAAUAAUAACUUGCUUGAAAGAAGAAUUUAAGGUAGUUUUCUUAGUGUAUGGAAAUUUUGUAAUGAUGAUGACAAGUGAGUUACAUGGAAUUUCUAUGUUGUUGAGUUCAAAGAAGCCAUUCUUCGACCGUGACAGGAUUCUGUCUUCUUCGUUCUCUGGUAGCAAGUUGUAUUCAAGGAAUGCAGCAUUUGAUUUUCCAUAUGGAAAAUUCGUAAGUGUUGUACAAAGAAAAAACACAACUAGAAGAUUUUUGGCUAAUGCUACGCUUGCCGAUGUUGCAAACAAUUUUAUGACCCUACAAUCACCAUUUUUUGCUGAAGAAGAGGCCAACCCAAAGACUGUUGCAUCGAUCAUUUUAGGUGGUGGAGCAGGAACCCGUCUAUUUCCCCUUACUCAAAAAAGGGCUAAACCUGCUGUGCCAUUUGGAGGUUGUUAUAGGCUGGUGGACAUACCAAUGAGUAAUUGUAUUAAUAGCGGAAUUAGCAAAAUUUACGUCCUUACACAGUUCAAUUCUCAGUCCCUCAAUCGCCACAUUGCCCGAACAUAUAAUUUGGGAGGUGGCGUCAACUGUGGCGGUAGUUUUAUUGAGGUAUUGGCAGCAUCACAAACACUCGGCGAAUCAGGAAAUAAGUGGUUUCAGGGUACAGCCGAUGCUGUAAGACGGUUCCUUUGGUUGUUUGAGGACGCUGAGCAUAAAAACAUAGAGAACAUUCUGAUAUUGUGUGGCGAUCAGCUCUAUCGAAUGGAUUACAUGGAACUUGUGAAGAAGCACAUUAAUUCAUAUGCUGAUAUAUCGGUAUCGUGUCUACCAGUGGAUGGCAGUCGUGCCUCUGAUUUUGGAUUAGUAAAGGUUGACGAAAGAGGACAGAUACGCCACUUCAUGGAAAAACCCAAGGGAGAAUUAUUAAGAUCUAUGCAUGUAGAUACGAGUAUUUUUGGAUUAUCCACACAAGAAGCAAGGAAGCUUCCAUAUAUCGCAUCGAUGGGUAUAUACGUGUUUAAGCUAGACGUUCUUCGCAAACUUCUCAGGAACUGUUAUCCUAAUGCAAAUGAUUUUGGAUCCGAGGUCCUUCCGAAGGCUAUAAGAGAUUUUAAAGUUCAGGCAUGUCUUUUCAGUGGUUAUUGGGAAGAUAUUGGGACUAUAAAAUCUUUCUAUGAUGCAAACUUGGCGCUUAUGGACAAGCCGCCGAAGUUUCAGUUAUACGAUCAGUCAAAGCCUAUUUUUACAUGUCCUCGGUUCCUACCCCCGUCUAAAAUGGAGAAGUGUCAGGUGAUUAAUUCUUUGAUUUCGGAUGGUUGCUUUUUAAGAGAGUGCAUGGUUGAGCAUUCCAUAGUUGGAAUUCGCUCGAGACUCGAUUCUGGAGUGCAGCUAAAGGAUACCUUGAUGAUGGGUGCCGACUAUUAUCAGACAGAGGCUGAAAUUGCGUCUCUUUUAGCAGCGGGGGACGUUCCUAUAGGCAUAGGCAAGAAUACGAAAAUUAUGAAUUGUAUAAUCGACAAAAAUGCAAGAAUUGGAAACAAUGUUAUAAUUGCAAACAAAGAAAAUGUGCAGGAGGGUGACAGAUCAUCUGAGGGGUUUUAUAUUCGAUCAGGGAUCACGGUGGUGUUAAAAAACUCGGUAAUAAACAACGGAACGAUCAUCUAGUUUGAUGAUGAAUGGUUAUCAAAAGGAGAUGGGAAAACACAACAAUGAAGACACAAUUGGAAGAAUCUUCAAACUCUUGCUAUGAAUAAGUGUUACCUGAAGUAAGGGCUCAGGUUUCAAAUUUUGAAUCUUCAGUCAGGGAAUCAAUAAAAAGACACAUUCUGUUUGUCAGAAUAUUUUUUGUUGGCUCAUUCAACAGAGAGGGCUACAACAUUGUCCCUGCCUAAAAUGAUUUUUUAAUCAUUGUUAUUAUAAGCCAAAAUGGCCAAUAAUUUGUUGUCAUUAUAUGUCUAAUUGAAUGUUACGUUUAAAAUAAGAGAAAUAUAACCAUCAGUGAAAGAAUAAAUGCAUUGUCACUAUGGUUUACACUUUUGGAGAGUCUUAGUUGUGUUCUAAUCUAUUAUCUAUUGGAAAUUGCAUAAGACAUCCUAUGGAUUGGAUUG